AUGGCUCAACUUAACUUGCGCUCAGCAUCACAAUCUUCGAUUCUCAGGAUCAAGGGCGAAGUGGAAGCAGAAAAUUAUGCACCGGACAUAGUUGAAAUUGAUCAUACGGUGGAAUUGCUUUCCACGCACUUUACUCGUUUCAUGGAUAACCAUAUGGUGUUGGUUGGCGCAGCCAAGCCCGAGGAGCUUGCUGUCCACGACGCAUUGUUAGCGAAAAUGGAACUAGCCUAUAGAGUGGUGUCCACUAAACUGCAAUGGUUGCGAAUGGCUGCAAAGGAAGAUGUGGUUUCAGUUCGCAGAAUGGCAGAAAUGAAGCUUGACCCCAUAAAGCUACCAAUUUUCGAUGGACAACAAGAGAACUGGCUUGUGUUCAAGGAUAUGUUCGAAUCCUUUGUUCACAACCGAGCAGAGUUCGACCCAACAUAUAAGCUUAGUCGUUUGCGCCAAUGCGUAAGGGCGGAUGCUGUACCCAUGGUAGCUGGCGUUUACACUGGGGGUUACGAGCAGCUUUGGGCAGAGCUGAAGCGCAGGUAUGACAAUCCACGACGUUUAGUUGAAGCACACUGCCAGAACAUCCAACUGCCGUCCGCUACAGUCGCGCACUGGACUAUUAAAAGCCACUCAGAUAAGCUACCUGAGCUUCAAGGCAUGUUAGAAGAGGUCGAAACUUACGCGGACACCCUCCGUAGCGAUUCAAUGACGCAGCAACGUCGCCAGCAGCCCCCGCGUUCGGCCAAGUCUCACAUGGUGACAGCUUCGGUUACCAAUGCAGCGGCGCGUCCGGUGCUCAACUGUCCACAGUGUUCAGAGCCACAUCGCCUGAUGAAAUGUCAGCAGUUCCACUCGUUGGCCGUGGAUCAGCGCCUGCAUCUGGCUCGACAAGGAUCACUGUGCUUUAACUGUUUGAGCCCUGGGCAUACGGCCCGCGAGUGUAGCUCCGGCCUUUGCCAUAUAUGUAAGCAAAAACAUAAUACGCUGCUUUGCAAAACCGCUCCGUUGGAGAAAUCAUCGGGCAUACCCAAUAGUGGUCUACGCACCUCAGCCGGAACUACGACGCUGUCGGCCACAUCAGAUUGCAAGACCGGACCACAAGUUCUACCCCGAGUUGAUGCAGUGCAGACUCUACUGGCACAAUCAGAUGACAUAGUGCUGUUAGCCACCGCUAUCGCUCCCAUCUUGGACGGGUGUGGAGAAGAGCGAAAAUUUCGCAUACUCUGUGACAUGGGUUCACAGGAACUGGUAAUAGAAGGUAUAGGCGCUCAAGGCAAGGUUGCUUCGCGUGGUCAGGCAACGUUGACAAUGCGCUCUCUCUACGAUCCAGAUUUCGAGUUGUCGUUCGAUGUGCAUAUCCUACCUACUAUCACGUCUAACAUUCCAGCAGUACCCGUAGAUGCCAGCAUUAAUAAGCAUCUAGAAGAUCUUCCACUAGCGGAUUCUACCUUUCAUAUACCACGGCCCAUUGAAGUACCAGGCCAACCAAGCGCUCUCCAAACGCGACUCGGCUGGGUUGUCUUGGGGCCCACAUCUCCGAAGAACGUCGCGCUGCCAGCGUUGCGCAAUUGUACUGAAAAUGCCAACGAAGAUCGGCUUGACUACUUACUGGAGCGAUUUUGGCUACAAGAGGAAGUUUCGCCAACCCCGCCCAAAGAUGAUGAUUGUGAGGCGAUAUUUCGUAGAACGGUUUCACGCGACUCCGAGGGUCGGUACGUUGUUCAAAUACCUUUCCACCCCGAGGCGCCAGCUCUGGGAGAUUCAUACAGAAAUGCUCUUCGUCAGUUUUUGCGACUGGAGCACCGCUUACACAACGAACCGGACCUGCGCGAUAAAUACAUGACGUUUAUGCGCGAGUAUGAGGCUCUUGGACAUAUGGAAGAAACCAAAACGCAACACUACGACUCGUCGUCAAUGUAUUUCAUACCGCAUCAUGCAGUGACUGGAAUUUUUGAACCUUCUCUGGAAUAA